AACAACCGACCGCGUGCGGAAAGGAAUCUUUGCCCGCAGUACGUAUUCUUUGACACGUCUAGGUAGGUACGGUUUAUUGACUCGUUUGUAGACACGCUGAUGGGACAAAGAGGUACACCAUACUAAGCCCCAAUCGUAACACUAUUUUUAAGACAUAUAAGACAAGAUGCUGACAGCAAAAGGAUUUCUACAGCGCCUACCAACGACAUCGUUAGUUGUGUUUCACGUGUUCUACCCCGACCCUUCUACACAACAUGUUUUAAUUCUAACAAAUUCAAGAAUUCAGAGAACGGAGUGGAGUGGCUACACCCAGCAGGAGGGACUAUAGAAAUGCGCUCAGCUGAGCAUUUUUGCGAAACUGACCAUCAAUAGUUCAGUGCCUCUUGAUCCUUCUCUUUUUGAGGAAGCUCUCACACACCUCUACAGGUUCCAAAGGAUUCUGAUGUGUCAACAGAAAUCAACAAGCAUUUACUUCAUUCUUUUGACAAUUCUGCAGAAGCGCCACUGUGGCUCGCUCGACUCCUCCCGGCAGCCCCCGGUGUCCCAUGUCCAAUUCCAGGAUGGAAAGAGAAACAGCACAAGCAUUCCUGUCCAAAAUCGAGACGGUAUUAACCGGCUUAGUACAUUUGAUAAAUAUAACGAGCAUUGCUACAAACAAAAUGCUGACGACGACAAGAUUCCUGCAUCGUCUACCAACGGCAGCCUUGUACCGUCUGCCUCGAUCUCUCCCCGGCCUCUUUCACACGCCACGUUUUAAUCAUACCACACCGAAGAACGUCGAGAGUGGAGCCCUGUGGCUGCAUCCAGCAGGAGGAACUAUCGAGAGGUUAAAUGUGGCAGCGAAAUAUGCUCAACUGAACUUUCUCACCUGCCUCACCAUCAACAGCUCACUGCCCCUAGAACCUGCUCAUUUCGAAGAGGCUCUCACGCACCUCUACAGGAAAAUUAGUCCACUCAGAGCAUGUUUCCGCUGGAGAGAAGGAACGCUAUGGGUGUGUGAAGCGCUUGAGCCCCGGCUUGACUUUUUGGUUCUAAAGGAUUCGGAUGUGUCAGCAGCAUUCAACAAGCUUUUGGUUCAACCUUUUGACAAUUCUACAGAAGCACCUCUUUGGCGCACUCGACUCCUCCCGGCAGCCCCAGGCGUCCCUUGUCUAAUACCAGAGAUAAAAGAGAAAUUUCCUCACCAGUAUGACUUCAUGUUUCACAUCCACCAUGGGUUAUGUGAUGGCCUUACUGUGAUGGUGAUUUUCAAUACAUUUUUGAAAUUGCUAGAGGAUGUGGUUUCGGGGGCUCCUAUCAGCAAAGAGCAACUGGGGAAGUUUGUAAGUGGAGAACAAACCAUGGCUAUCGAAAGGGAGGUGUUGAAGAAUUUGGAGAGCAGACCAGAGGACUUCCAGCGUAUGAUCGAUGAAACUGUGAAUACCAAGUUUACACCACUCCUUGAGCAGGCCUUUGGAACUCCAGAAAAGAAAAGUUUUCCAGCAGAAUACAUCAUAACUGACUUGGAGCCUCGCUUGUUGCAGAAUUUCCAAGACCGAUGUCAAUCCCAUGGCGUCACCUUGAACUCGGGGAUGACUUCGGUGAUCAACACAGCCCUGGUAGAGCUAGUGGCCGAUGCGGGGUUAGAGAGGGAUGUUUACAGCGUCACCAGCCGUCAUCCAGUCAACCAGAGGCGUUACUGGAAAGGCAAUCCCAUCACAGACUUGGGGAACCACAUGGGUGCUAUGUCCCAAACCAUGCAAACGCCUUGUCACAACAGGAAUACUUUCUGGGAAUAUGCUAAGCAGUUUGAUUCCGAGUUCCAGAGGAAGCUCAAGGACGGGUACAUCUUCCAGGAGAGGAUUAUCAGGUCCAAAAUUUUGCCGAAGGACUAUAGUCAUGAAUCCUUCUAUAGUUCCCCUCCUGCUGUAGUAUAUGAUUACAUGUUCAGUAAUAUUUUAAUGCCUGGAAUAAUAGAGUAUGGAAUAGGAAACAAAGUGCAGUUGACUGCAACGAUGUAUGCAAGCAACAUAGCCAAUUGUGAAUUUUCGAGCAUGCAUGCACUCACUUGGUUCCGCAACCGAGUUUUAUACAGCAUUAUGUAUGCUUCCGGCCGCGUUAGUCGCAGUACAAUGCAAGCAUUCCUGUCCAAAAUUGAGACGGUGUUAAAUAGUUUAUCAUAGACGUAGCAAGCACUGUUCCGAGUGAACCAUCAUUUUCAAUUUAGGUCCAAGGGGAUAGUUCUUUUAAUGCUAGUAUUUUGACAAGACUUGUGAGGCUCCUAUUUCAGCAACUUCGUAAGCACGAUUGGAUUAGUUUAUUAGACCAAGACAUUAGCGAAAGUCGGGUUUGUUUUCUUUAACAUCCUUGUCAUUUAGAUAUUAUUGCCAUUACUGUCUUUUUCAGAAAUGUUUUUUGGAUUGCACCAAACAAGGCCAAAGAAAAUCAUUACACUGAAUUUGCUUUAAUA